UUCCUCUAGCACCAUUCAGGAAAUGAACAGCUGUUUGGCUAAAGCGUUCUCAUCCAUGAGCGAAUGCCACUGUUACAGAAAUACAGACGUUAGCGAUGAGAUAAGGCACCCUUUGCUGCUUGAAUUUAUCUUCUAAAGCACAUAUUCACUGAGAAACAUGACCGAGCCACGCAGCCCAGGAAUGUCCUCUAUCCAGACAGGCCCAGUGCACACUGACUCCACCCCUCCGGCUGUCGAGAUGGACCCAGUGGAGUACACCCUGAGGAAGCGCCUCCCCCGGAAACUCCCAAAGAGACGGAACGACGUCUAUGUCAACAUGAAGACUGACUUCCGGGCUCAGCUGGCGCGCUGUCAGAAGCUGCUGGAAGGUGGGGGUCACAGGGAGAUCUGCGUUCACGGCCUGGGCCUGGCCAUCAACAGGGCCAUCAACAUCGCCCUUCAGCUGCAGGCCAGCAGCCAGGGGGCGCUGCAGCUGGCAGCCAACACCUCCACGGUGGAGCUCGUGGACGACCUGGAACCUGAAGAUCCCGACGAGGCCGGGGAGCCCAUGACGCGUACACGCAACAACUCGGCCAUUCAUAUUAAGGUGUUCUACCCUGACCCGCAGGGACCGUAAUAGAGAUGUGUCGGGCAGAGGUUGACCAUGAGACCAGUAAAACAUUGUGGUCUUGGGGCGGGGGGCGGGGUGGAAGACUUACUUUGACGGCAGCAGAAGUCUGCAGAAUGGGGCAUGCUACUGCUCCAAUUGGGACAACUUUAGUUGACUAAUAUAUUAAGCUCUGUUGUCAUGUGUUUAAGUCUGUUGCAAAUUGUGGCUGUUUUUUCCUUUUUCCCUUUGCAUGUCUUGAAGCAACAGUGGUGUCCAUCAGGUGAAACCUCGGUAUUAUUUAAUUCCUACUUCAGGGCAGUGCCAAAUGUAAAAAAAUAUAUAUAUUUUAAAUGGGUAUUUUCUGUAAGUGUUUACAAUUUCAUAUCUGUUUUUAAAGAUAGAAUUAAUUUGAAAACUGAGGAAUCCUAAUUUACAUUUCAAGCAGCUGUUGUUGUACUAAAUGUCCACUAGAUGUCAGUAGUUUAAAUCUAUUCAAAUGUGGUUUCAGAUUGUUGGACUGCAGGUGGUGUUCAACUGCAGAAGCUUGCUUGUUAACUCCACUGACCUGAAUAAGACAAAGCUAAUGAAUGAAAUGGACAGACUUCCCCA